UUUCAGACAAAAUUUCUUCCCCCAACCCCCAUGUUAUUUAUUUAUUCUCUCCUUAUAUUAACCCACGGCUUCUUCCCUCUGCUCCUUCACCUUCUCUCUCUUCAACUUUCAACUUCGCACUCUCUAGAACCCAACUCAACUUUGAAGCAUUUGAGCUAGAACACAAAUGGGUUUUGCAUGCAUGUGCUUACAAGUCCUUAAUCAAGCUUAAUUAGCCAGCUUAAUCAACCUGCUUAACCUCGUGAGUAUCGUACUUCAGUAACGCUCGAGGCAGUUUCAGUUUUUUGGAUUUAUUACAAGCUGACAAAAAGCAAACCCCAAACGUCUGUUAGUCGAAUACAAAUACAAUGGCUCCAGCAAGCAAUUGGUUGUCCUUCUCUCUCAUGUCUCCCAUGGAAAUGUUGAGGUCCUCUGAGUCCGAUCAAUCUCCCUUCGUCCCCUAUGACGCGUCCUCCGCCGCCUCCCCCCACUACUUCCUCGACAACUUCUAUGCCAACAACGGGUGGCCGACGAACCCAAAAUCCCAAGUGUUUUUCGCGGACGGUGAGGACCAAAGCAAGCAGCAAGGCCAGUCCAGUUCACCAAAUCUGUCACCGUUCGUCGACCCACAGAGCCACACUCAGCAUAUCCCGAAGCUCGAGGACUUUCUCGGCGAUUCGUCAUCGAUGGUGCGCUAUUCUGAUAGCCAAACAGAGACCCAAGACUCGUCCCUGACUCACAUCUACGACCAGAGCUCCACCUUCUUCGGCGGCGACCAGCACCAGCACCAGAACCAGCACCAGCAGCAGGAAGAUCUCAAGGCGAUUACUGGGUUCCAAGCGUUUUCGACCAACUCGGGCUCGGAGGUGGACUCGGCGUCCAUGGCCCGGACGACUCAGCAGCAGCAGCUUUCUUGCACCGAGUUCGCGGGUCAUUCUAUUGAGUCGACCGGGAACGAGUUAGGGGUGUACAACUCGAGCUGCGCGGCGAAUGCUUUGUCGCUUGGUGUCACCACCACUCAGAGCUCUUCUGAUCAGAAAAAGGCCAUUGUUGCCGUCGACACCGACGGUUCUAAGAAGAUUGCUGAUACUUUUGGCCAGAGGACUUCAAUUUACAGAGGGGUCACUAGACACCGGUGGACGGGUAGAUAUGAAGCGCAUCUAUGGGAUAACAGCUGUAGAAGAGAGGGUCAGGCCAGGAAGGGGCGUCAAGUUUACUUGGGUGGAUAUGACAAGGAAGAUAAGGCAGCAAGGGCUUAUGAUUUGGCUGCACUGAAAUACUGGGGUCCUACUGCAACAACCAACUUUCCUGUUUCAACUUACGGCAAAGAACUGGAAGAUAUGAAGCAUGUGACCAAGCAAGAAUUCAUUGCCUCUCUCAGAAGGAAAAGCAGUGGUUUUUCAAGAGGAGCUUCUAUUUACAGGGGAGUUACAAGGCAUCAUCAACAAGGCCGAUGGCAAGCAAGAAUAGGCCGUGUGGCCGGGAACAAAGACCUAUACCUGGGAACAUUUGCUACAGAAGAGGAAGCAGCAGAGGCGUAUGAUAUAGCGGCCAUAAAGUUUAGGGGCAUUAAUGCAGUUACAAAUUUUGAGAUGAACCGAUAUGACGUUGAAGCUAUUGGCAAGAGUUCUCUUCCUGUUGGUGGGGCAGCAAAGCGCUUGAAGCUCUCACUCGAAGCUGAAGAGCAGAAACCAUCUGUGAGUCAUGAUCAGCAGCAUCCUCAAUGCAGCAGUGGCAACAACAUCAAUUUCACUUCCAUGCAGCCAGUUCAAUCCAUACCAUGCGGGAUUCCAUACGACGCUGCAGCUGCCAACGCUUAUUAUCACAACCUCUUCCACCAAUUUCAGCCAAACUACUAUGGCGCUUUGGAUUCUGCUGGACUAAACCCUAACAUUGCGACUCAGAUGAACAUGAUGCCGCAGCAGCCAGCUGAGUUUUACAUUUGGCCUAAUCACCAAUCCCAUUAAUAGGAGUACCAUACGGUACUCGUCAGCGAUAGGACUAAACAGUACUUGUUGUUUUGGCAUGUUAGCCGCUAACAUUAUCCGGCUGACCAACAUCUGACCCUCACUCCAAUCCACCUCUCAACCUUAGGAUUUAGGAUUAGGAAAGGCGUAGGAGGUUUUUGUUUGGAGGUUAAAGUUCUGGAUAGAGAGUAGGAAGCUGGGUUUUGUAUCUAUGGUGGGAAAUGUUGAAUGGUGUUAUCCAUUACUUUAUUAAGAAUUUUUCCUUUUAGAUGUCUU